CAAAUUUCUGAAAAUGAAGGUUAUCAAUUCAUAUUUGACACCCAAACGUUAUUUUAUACCUUGGCGAAGUUAUUCGUGCUGGGUUAUUUGUAACGAAACGCUGUUUGCGAAUUAAAUUAAUAAUUAAGGUUAUAGAAAUUUGUCAACGCGGUUAAAAAGAUUGAUCGGAUAGCUGUUUUACAAUUGAAUUAUAUUAUAACAUUUGGGUGUUAUAACAAAGAGAACGGUUUAGAGACCACAUACAGCACAAGAUGUCGACGGCUCCAAAAGAGCUUUAUUUUGAUAACACGUGGGGUACAACAGGAUCCAGCAUGGAGGCGCAUAAUUAUCAGGAACUCAAGAAACCAACUUGCACUGGGCGUUGCCACUUUAAAACGCUAAAUUGCCAGGAAGUAUUUGAUAACGAACAAAGAACAAACAAAAACACUACCGGUUUCAAAGAUCGUAAUGCAGUGAGAGCUAGCAAACUCAGAGCAACUACAUGUAUUAUCUGUACUUCAGUUGCGUUUAUUGUUUGCUGUGUCGCAGCUUUAAUUGCAAUUAGCAUGACCAUCCGACAGCAGAAGACGAUUGAGGAAUUGCAGACGACAACUGAAAACCUGCGCAACCGACUUGCGCAGUUGGAAGGAAACGCUAAGCUCUGUCUGCCAUGUGCAGAACUAUCAUUGAGUCCAUUUCCGGAAGGCACGCCCGAAGUCUCUGAACUGCUUAAACACUAUGACAACGGUCAGCAGAUCUGUUGCGCAAAAACGGUUAACCAGACGUCGAUAUUCCUUAAUCUGUUUGCAAAAAGGAAGCAACUGGAGAAAUGCGCACAAGAUGCCAUCAAUGCAGAGAAUCGUCCAUCCGGAAAUUGUAGCAGUUCUGGAUCCCCGAACAUUCCUACUGGCAACGCAUUCAGCAACGUGUCUGCGCAUAUGCUGGCUGGCCCUCAGCAUUCUAACCUGUCCUCUGACGGAAGAAUCCGGAACUGGAGUGUCGGCCCGGUGGCUCCCGGAACUCACCUUACCAACAUCAAGCUCUCCUCGGACAACCACUCCGUCGUCAUUGCGGAGUCUGGCCGCUACUUCCUGUACAGCCAGGUCAGCUUCUUAAUAUACUACAACCCGGAAACGCCGCUUGACUCCCGGAGCCCUGCACAGUCCUUGUUCCACUCCGUCUUUCGAUAUAACUUCAUAUACCCGUUAGGCGAUGAAGAGCUGUUGCGAAGUGACGUCACACAGUGCUGGGAACAGAAGAAAGACUACGGACGCUACACGAGUUACGUCGGCGCCUCUGUCCCACUGAAUAAGGGCGAUCUGAUCUAUGUCAAAGUAUCCAAAAUCGGAUUCCUUUCGAGAGAAGAACCGGGUUUAACAUAUUUCGGGUUGUUUAAAAUUGGUUGAAUCAUGCUUUGCUAUGAUUCUUUGUGCAUUGCUCAGUAAUAUUGCACUUUAUUAAUCAUAUUUAAUAGAGCUUUCAUUUAUUCGCCGUUUCAAAUACGUUUACAUCCUCAUAUUGAUCUCAAUUUUCAGCUGUCGGCAUCAUAUUUAAUAUUAAAUAUUGUGAGAAAGAGCAGGGUUGUAUUUUAGAUUACAAGUGGUUUGCGCGCUGCGUUGAAAAUGCCCAACAGUAAAAAAAAUAUUUCCCCCCAAAACAACAUCAACAAACGACGUAAGAACUUAUUGAAUAAGCGCAUAAUAGUAACAAGGCGACGAGAUCAAAUUGCUAAAAAAUGUAACGAAAUCAUUAUCUUACAACGUGAGGGUUUACAAUUUCCAGAAAGAUAAAGAAAAUACAUGUGUGAGUCCAAUAAGGUCAAUGUUUUGAAACUCAAUACGUUCUUGCUGAAUUAACGGAUUGCAUCCUAGCUGUUUUCGGACGUCGUAAUCUGGAAAUCUUGUUGUACAAUUGUACAUUUGAAAAAAAAAGAUCACUCUUGUUUCAGACAACAUGUCUUGUCUGGUGAUUUAAUGAACACUUGUAAUUUCAAAAGAUGUUUGAAGCAACGUGCAGCGUGCUAAGUGUAAGAGAGCCCAUAUGCAGUUUGAAUACUGUUCAACAAAACGAUUUUACAUAAUUUAAGUAUAGAUCGGGUAUUUAAUACCUUUUACAUCAUAACAGUUAUCGUAUUUGUAUUAGUUAUUCUAUUUUAUCUUAUGGGUUGGAUCGAAGAAGUUAACUCAAAGUGUUGUUUGUAAUAUUUAUAAUUCAAUUGUUGUAUAUUUAAGAAUAGUUCGAAUUUUGAUUUGUUCGUUUUAUGUUUUUGUAUUGCGUUCAGUAAUAUACAGAUGUGCUCAAAUUGUUAUGACAUGAUAAAUGCAUGUGUUGAAAAAUUAACUAUA